AUGGACUCCGCGUACGACCCUUCCUCCGAGGCCGAGCUCCCAUCAUGUAGCGGGUGCAGGAAGCGUAAGCUCAAGUGCUCGAGACAGAAACCGGCUUGUUCCAAUUGCGAGCGACUACAAACGACAUGCGUUUAUGAAGCACGGCGGGCCAAGCCAGGGUUGAAGAGUGGUGCCGUGGAGGGUCUCAAUCAACGGCUAGAAAAGGUAGAGAGAGCCUUGUUUGGACAAGCUCAUACCGAAGAUGGAGGAGAAUCCGCUUUUCCUGACAUUGAGCCUGCUCACAGGGCGAAUGUUCCAUCUCCCCUUGAAGCUGUGCUUUCAACCCUGGCUGGAGAGUUGCAGAAACUAAACCAGAAUAUGACACCAAACAGGGAACAAAUUCAAGAAACAUCCGCCAGGAAGAGAAGAAGACAUGAGCCCCUGGAGGAUGAGGAGCCGCGGCGAAGCUAUGACGUGAUUGAUGAGGCCCUUGACGACUUGAUAGAUGCAUACUUUUCUCAUGUACAACCGUGGAUCCCCAUGAUCAACAUGAGAGACUUCAGGGCACGGGCUCAGAACAAUAGGGAACAGGUCAAGGUUGUUCUCCAAGCCAUGGCUGUAGCCACUCUUCGAUAUCUUGAGCCUGAUGGAGAACCCCUUUCACCGGGGUUUAUCAAGAAUGAGACUUGCAAACUCAGACGAACCGUCCUAUUGGACGCUUUGGAUGGCCUCACUGUGGAGAACCUACAAGCGCUUAUCAUUAUUGCCUUUACCGAUAUUGGGGAUGGCAACUUGGACAAGGCCUGGCCCAUAAUUGGUUCACUUACUAGGACUGUUGAGUACAUGGAACUAUCAGUUGAGGCCGAAGAUCGUCAUCAGCGACCAGCCGUAUUACCGUCUACAACUUGCCUACCUCCGCCUCUCAAAUGGGUUGAGGAAGAAGAAAGACGGAGGGUUUUCUGGAACAUCUUUAUUCUUGAUAGGUUCUCAUCUGUCGUCAAAGGAUGGAACACGAGCCUGACUGCUGCAGAUGUCUGUCGUAGACUACCUAUCUGCGGUGGUAAAUGGUUUGAAGAUGAGCCUGCAGUCACGCCGUAUUUUGGCAUUUGGGAUCGUUCAAGAGCCAAGAUAGGCAACUCCAUCACCUUUCUUCCAGGACAUUACCCAAGCCCUUCUCACUCAGCAGGCGCAGAGAAUACUGGCACAGAGUCUUCGUCCCAUGGACAGGAAGGCUCAAGCACCGUGGAUAUGUCCAUGGUUGGCGCGUUUGCAUACUAUGUCGAGUCCAUCGAGUCACUGAGCCAGAUCACAACCUACUUUCUGCAGACAAAGAUUGACUUUAACAACCGCCAAGAGGUUUCAAGCUGGCUAACGAGGUUCAAAGAACUGGAUCUCCGCUUAGUACACUGGAAAAUGUAUCUCCCCCAGCAAUGGAAAGAUUCGGGAAUUUCACGAGAAACAAUGCCUGGAGUCAUGGAUCCAAAUAUGACUGUAGCCAAUGCAACCCACAACAUAUCCCUGAUUCUUCUACACCAAAGAAUCGCUUACCCAGAUGCUGAACUGAGUGGCAUUCGACUGCCAAGUCUUUGCAGUGCUGAUACUUGUUACAAUGCUGCAAUGGAGACGGCAAAUAUGACGACCAAGUAUCUGGAGGGCUCAUCACCAACACUACCUGUGUCGCCUCAACUGGGAAUAUGUGCCUUUGUUAGUGGACGGGUUCUUCUAGUUCAUUGGCGCUACUAUAAGACGGCUCUGGCUGAAGAAUUCAGUGUACUGGUGGAUAAUUUGAAAGAAAUGUCCCGACGAUGGCAUGGCAACAGAAUGCAAGACCAACAGUCAUGCUUCUUUUCCCAGCUAUCUGAUCGGUUGAGCAACCUCUACUAUGAGUUUGAAGGGGCUGAAGAGGCCACACCGGGUUGCACUGAUCGUCAAAGACAGUCGACAGACGUGGCCUUGGGUCGUCAGAUCCCAAACCCUACAAAUACUUACCAACCGUGCGCCCAGGCAAAUUUGGCAUCGCAGUUUUCAGCCGUAGCGCCAGCUGUCCCUGUCGGGCAAGGUAAUCAGUGGAGAGCUGCUGACUCUAUAUCCCCAUCAAGCGCCAGAGCAGACGAAUUGUCUGCAAUAUCACAGAUUCUGAUGGACAAUGACUUUUUGGAGAUGGACAGAAUUAUCAGCUUUGAGGAUAUGAUGGCUGCGGGAGAUUUGCAGCACACAGUGCUGUGA